AUGGUGUCCAGUGAGAGAAAUCAUAGUUCUGUUGCAACAUUUGUCCUACUAGGUUUUUCAGAUUACCCAGACCUUCAAGUGCCCCUCUUCCUGGUGUUUCUGAUCAUGUAUUCUAUCACUGUGGUGGGAAAUCUAGGAAUGAUUGGCAUCAUCCAAAUCAAUCCCAAACUUCACACCCCCAUGUACUUUUUCCUCAGCCAUUUGUCCUUUGUUGAUUUCUGUUAUUCCUCCAUCAUUGCUCCCAAGAUGUUGGUGGACUUACUCAUAGAGGACCGAAGCAUCUCCCUCUCUGAGUGUUUGGCACAGUUUUUUUUCUUUUGUACCUUUGUGGUAACUGAGUCCUUCCUGUUAGCAGUAAUGGCCUAUGAUCGCUUUAUGGCAAUUUGCAAUCCUUUGUUGUAUACAGUUGCCAUGUCCCAGAAGUUUUGUGCCCUCUUGGUGGCGGGAUCAUAUACAUGGGGUACGAUCUGUUCUUUUCUACUCACAUGUUCUACUACCCAAUUAUCAUUUCAAGGAUCUAACACAAUUAAUCACUUUUUCUGUGAGUUCUCAUUACUGCUUAAUCUCUCUUCUUCUGAUACUCAUUUCAACCAGCUCCUGCUUUUCAUCUCUGCCACUUUUAAUGGAGUGAGCACACUUUUGAUUAUCCUGGCCUCUUAUGCAUUCAUUUUUGUCACUGUCUUGAAGAUGAAUUCAUCUAGUGGGCGACAUAAAGCCUUCUCCACAUGUGCCUCUCACCUAAUGGCUAUCACCAUCUUUUAUGGGACCAUCCUCUUUCUCUAUUGUGUUCCCAACUUCAAGAACACUCAGGUCACAUUCAAAGUGGCUUCAUUGUUUUAUACAGUGGUAAUUCCCAUGCUUAAUCCUGUAAUCUAUAGCCUGAGGAACAAAGAUGUAAAAGAAACAAUCAUCAAGUUAAUGGACAUUAAUUUUUUUCUUCAUAGGAACAUUUCUCACUAA